AUCAUCCCUAUUUUCUUUCGCCACAAAAGUCCCUCUUCUAUCAGAUCUGAGAACUGCCGGAGCGCCAAAAUUCCCAUGUUCGAGAAGAUCCAUUGGCCCAACCACCAAAAUCCACAGUUCCAGCCUCUGAUUUCUUGAUCUUUCCCACCAGGUACCCAAUCUCAUAAAGAAGAACAUCCAUGGCGUGCCUCGCGCUCUCCCUCCAGCCUGCUAAUGGUCCUGACAUCCUCCUCCAGACACGGGAAUGGUUUCCACCAACUCGCGCUCUCGCCGCCCUCUCUUCGUUCCGCCAGACCCGCCUCGCCUUCGCAGCUUCCUCUGCUGCCUCCUCCUCUUCUGGCCACAACAAGAUCUCAGCUUCUGCCUCGGUGGCCCCUACCCUCACGGAAGACCUAGACUCUGCCAUCGGCGAUGAUCCGCUCGCUGCCUCCAGUGGCCAAGUGGUGGUCGGUAUCGAGAGCAAGUAUCGGGUAGUGUAUCGCCUCGUCAACGGCAUCUACGUCCUCGGUAUCGCCACCAUCGACCGCGCAUCCGACGGCGGCCUCACUAACAAUGUCUUCGAGUGCAUCAACACCGUCAAUCAAGCCGUCAGCGUAAUCGUCGCUGCUUGUCGUGGCGUUGAUGUUACUCCUGAGAAGCUCCACCGGAAGUACCCCGAGAUCUACAUGGCUUUGGACAUCGUCCUCCGCGGCGUUGGAAGCGUGCGCCUCGCCGCCAUCCUGUCCUCUAUUCACGGAGAGAGCAUUGCGAAGAUGGUGCACACAGGCAUCGAGUCGGAGAACCGCAUCCGUGGUGCUGACACUUGGUCAGGUGCCGCCGAGGGCCUCUCAGCCGAGCGUCGCGCCAAUCUCGAGGCCUUCUCAUCUGCUUCCUUUGAGCUCCCGCAGGAAACCCUGGCCGCCGGCGAUGAGGUUGCUGCGGCUAUUGCGCCUGUAGCGCAGCUCACCAGCGAGGAACAGCAGAAGGAGCUGCCUGCUGAAGAGGCUGUGGAGGAGAAGGAUCCGUUUGCUGCAAGCGAUAAGAUAAACAAGCCGGAAGAGGCGCUUGUGGGAGGGUUCAAGAAGGCCCCUAAUUCUGCAAUAAACGCAGCAGAUCCAGCUGCAGCCCUAUCCGGCCUUGAAGUUAUGGUUUUGCCACAGGCAGAAGCCACUAAGUCUACCUUCAUUGGGGUUGAAGGCUUCGAAGGGGAGUACGGUGGGAUAGAGUUCAGCAACGAGGAGGCAUCCUUAUCCGAGGCAUUUGAAGGAUUCGACAAUGCUUUUGGCGGAGGCCUUGAUGCAUCAGAAUUUGUCACCACAAAGAAGACUCCCAAGCCGCAGGGAUUAGGUGGGCUGGAGUUCUUGGCUACCAGUCAGGGACCUCCUCCAGCUCAAGCUGCUGGAGCGGGCACGCCUCUAGAGAACCUUCUGGUGGAGAAGAAGAAAGAAAUGUCUGGCCCAGAGAUGAACAUCGUGGAAGAAAUCAAUGCUGAGUUCAGGGAGUCUUUGCUUGCUCGAGUUGGCUUCAAAGGAACAGUUAUUUUAAGAACAAUUCCUCCAAAACAAUCGGCUGGGAAGGAAACUGAGUUCUCUUUCCGCUUGGAGGGUACCUCCAGAAUCAAGAGGGCUGUCAUGAUGAGUUCAUGCGUAAGCAGUUUAGGAAAUGGAAUGUUUCAUGUCAGAACUCAUUCUAAGGAAGAACCCAUUCCAAUUCUGAAGUUUAGCCUUCUACCCCAUCUCACUCCUCUACCCCUGAGGCUAAGGUUAAUCAAAAGGCACAGUGGAACCUUGCUUUCAGUAAUGAUACAAUAUGCUUCUAACCCUGAAUUACCUGCUUCUUUAUCUAAUGUUAAGUUCAUUUUGAAGUUGCCUGUUGACCCAACACUUCUUAAGGUUUCCCCAAAGGCAGUCUUGAGCCGUGCUGAGAAAGAGUUGACAUGGCACAUCCCUGACAUUCCCCUGAAGGGACCUGCGGGGAAACUGAGAGCACGGAUGCCUGUUGAUCUAGAUUCUUCAGAGGGUGAGGUUGAAGUUCAUGCAUUGGUGAAGUUUUCUUCGCAGGGAGCGUUGACCUUGUCUGAGGUUUGUUUGAGACCAGUUGCUGAUGGCAUUGCACAAUUUAACGAGGUUAGCCAUACUUAUCAAAGUGGAACCUACCUGUGUAAUUGAUGCUGAUCGAAGUUUUUAAUGUUUUCUCAUUGGAUUGUAUCGAAUUCCUUGAGACUGUUUUCUUUCUUCUUGUUUCAGUGUUGAGAAAUUGAUUUGGUAGUGCAUGCCAUAGCUUGUGAUUACAGUAGAUAAUUAAAGUAUCAUUCAUUCUUCUGCUUCUUA